AAGAUAUUCAAUAGAUAUCCACAAAUGUUAUCAAUCAGAGCAGUCUGAAUUUGCUAUUCAAUUCUUGUCUCUGUUCUCUCCCACUCGGAUCUUUUCCAGAAACUAUAAACUGAAACUCUCACCGCUACUUUUGUUUUCUUCUUUCUCUCUCGCCUUCCACAUCCGGCAUUUUGCUGUUGAAAUACUUCUCCCCCCUAAAUUGAUUUUUAUUUCCGGAUAAAAAGAGAAGAAAGUAUGGGGUUUUGGUUGCCAAGUCCCGGAUGUUGACUUUGCGUGCACAAAUUUGCGCAGUAUCCCCUUUCCUAGCGGUGUCUUAGUUAUUAAUUCAGUCCCUGCUGUUCUCCUACUUCAAGUCACGAAGAUUUGAUUUUUUUUUCGUGUAUGUAUAUUUUGUGAUGUAUCGAAUUUGAAGCAGCUCUUGAAUUAUCGAUUAGCGUAAUUUUUUUCCUGGGUGCCUUUUUGUAUCGGUACUUUGAUAGGAUCUGAAGGGUUCAGCAGGAAUUUGGGAUUUUUGAUUUUUGAUUAGGGAUUUGUCGAUUAGCGUAAUUCUUGAUACAUUGAGCUGUGCGUCGUGAAAUAAAAAGAGAUUCAUUUUUUUGGAUUGAUUUUCUGGAGAAUUUUGGGUUGAUUUUUGAAAACCAAGUAUGGAUAAUGUCAUCGGAGGGAAGUUUAAGCUGGGGAGAAAGAUUGGCAGCGGAUCUUUUGGAGAGCUUUACUUGGGAGUAAAUAUACAAACUGGAGAAGAAGUUGCUGUGAAGCUGGAAUCUGUUAAGACUAAGCAUCCCCAGCUUCACUAUGAAUCAAAGUUGUACAUGCUUCUUCAGGGGGGAACUGGGAUUCCCCACCUUAAAUGGUUUGGAGUUGAAGGAGAAUACAAUGCCAUGGCUAUUGACCUUCUUGGCCCAAGCUUGGAGGAUUUGUUUAACUACUGCAACAGGAAGUUCUCAUUGAAAACAGUUCUUAUGCUAGCAGAUCAAUUAAUAAAUAGAGUUGAAUACAUGCACUCUAGAGGUUUUCUUCAUCGCGAUAUAAAGCCUGACAACUUCUUAAUGGGAUUGGGACGCAAAGCCAACCAGGUGUACAUCAUUGACUAUGGACUUGCUAAGAAGUACCGAGAUCUACAGACUCACAAGCAUAUACCUUACAGGGAAAACAAGAAUCUCACUGGCACUGCUCGUUAUGCUAGUGUUAACACUCAUCUUGGAGUUGAACAAAGCAGAAGGGACGAUUUAGAAUCUCUUGGCUAUGUCCUUAUGUACUUUCUAAGAGGAAGCCUUCCUUGGCAGGGACUAAAAGCUGGCACAAAAAAGCAGAAAUAUGACAGGAUCAGCGAUAAAAAGAUGCUUACUCCAGUAGAAGUGCUUUGUAAAUCUUAUCCAUCAGAGUUCAUUUCGUAUUUUCAUUAUUGUCGGUCAUUGCGAUUUGAAGACAAGCCUGAUUAUUCUUACUUGAAGAGACUCUUCCGAGACCUCUUUAUUCGAGAAGGUUAUCAAUUUGAUUAUGUAUUUGAUUGGACCAUACUGAAGUAUCCACAAGUCGGCUCUAGUUCUAAAACAAGGCAGCCAACAGGAAAAGUCCCUUUAAACCUAGGACAGUCUACAGAAAGAGUUGAGAAGACACCAGUGAAGCACGAGAUUCGGGAUAGAUUAUCUGGUGCAAUGGAGGCAUUUGGCAGAAGGAAUGGUUCUAGCACAGGCUUGCAUGGAGAAAACUCAAGAAACAGAUCUGAUGAAGUACCACCAUCUAAAGACGUGAAAAUUGAUUCGGAAAGAGCUCGGCUUUCUCGGACCGGCAGCAGCUCAAAGAGGGCAGUCGUGUCAAGCAGCAGGCCCAGCUCCUCUGGAGAACCCAACGACAAUCGUCAUAGCCGGCUCGGCUCAGGCAGUGGUCGAAUAUCAACCACGCAAAGAUUACAACCUGGAUUUGAGUCCAAAUCCUCUUCUUUCACUCGUGCUUCCGCGAGAGGCGUGCGAGACGAAACUCUCCGUAGCUUUGAGCUGCUGACUAUUGGCAGUGGGAAGAAGAAGUAACAGUCUACCACAUAUAGCUCAGUUCUGCUUUUUCUGAGGCCAAACUAUGGCAACACUGCAGCUGCUCAUCAUCUUGUCUCUUAUUACCCUUCACUUGUUAUGCGUAUAUCUAUCGUGGCAGCCUUGGUCAAUAUGGCGGAUACACCAACAUCACCGGUCACUGUCAAUUUCCGGUGGCAAAGCCUAAAUCUUUGUUUCUCGAGUUAUGACUUAUUCUUGCUCGAUACAUCGCGUAAGUAUAAAUCCACGAAGACGAAUGUAUUGAUUUGCUAAGUGGAACUACUACUACAACUACAACUACUAUUAAUGUUUGUGAUUCUACUGUAAUUCAAAUAAAUACUGUCUCCACAACUGUAUCAAAAAUGCUGCCAUGUUAGUGCCUCAAGGUGCACGAUGCUAUAUUCUUCUGUGAAAAACUUUACAUGUUUGUUUAA